GUAAACUGUUGUAAGCACAAUUUUCAAAAGGGGUUUGGCCGAAACUGUAAUAAUAGCUAAAACCCUUCAUUUUGAGAAGAUCAUCCAGAACCUUUGCAAAUCCGUCAAUGGCGACCACCAUUUCCAGGAAGACUAACCAUUUUCGUUACUUCUAUCAGUCAUUAUCCUAUCACACACUUAAACGAUGCCCAUCUCCAUUGCCUUCUUCACAGCUGAAUGAGGCGGUUCAGUUUCGACGACCUUUUGCUCUUCUUCUACAAUCGGUAUUGCCUCGAGGGCUUGGAGCACAAUCUCCAACUAUGUAUCAGAGAUGUCUAAUUUCAACUACGAUUGCGCCCAAUACUAAUGCAUCAAAAACAGGAGAAGAGGCUAAUUCUGGCAAAGAGGAGAAGUCCGGGGAAUCAAAUCAGAACCAGAAUCAAAGCGGUGAUUCUGGAAAACCCGUCCGCGGAGGGCCAGUUUCUUGGUUGAGUUUUAUUUUGCUGAUAGCAACAGGACUGGGAAUUAUCUUCUAUUAUGAUGUGGAAAAGAGAAAACAUAUUGAAGAUAUAUAUACUGCUUCAAAAGAAGUAAAACAAGGACCAGCUGUUGGAAAAGCUGCCAUUGGAGGCCCAUUUAAUCUUAUCAACCAUCAAGGGAAGAGGGUGACUGAAAAGGAUUUUUUGGGAAAAUGGACGUUAUUGUACUUUGGUUUCACUCACUGUCCUGAUAUCUGCCCAGAUGAGUUACUAAAGUUAGCUGCUGCAAUUGAUAAAAUAAAACAAAAUGCGGGGCUUGAAAUAGUACCUGUGUUCAUCUCUGUUGAUCCCGAGAGAGAUACGGUCGAGCAAGUUGCUGAAUAUGUCAAAGAGUUCCAUCCAAAGUUAAUAGGGUUAACAGGAGACCCGGAUGAGAUUCGCAGUGUUGCUCGUGCAUAUCGAGUCUACUAUAUGAAGACAGCGGAGGAAGAUUCUGAUUAUCUUGUUGAUCAUUCUAUAGUCAUGUAUUUAAUGAGUCCUGACAUGCAGUUUGUGAAAUUUUUUGGGAAGAAUAAUGAUGUUGAUUCACUUACUGAUGGUAUAAUCAAGGAGAUAAAGAACUACAAGAAGUAGAAUUUUGUUUUGUUCUUGUUCACAGACACAAAGUGCCUUUGGCAUCAUUCAUUUUUUGACUUCGUUAUGCCAAUUUCUUGGACCAAUAGUGUCUCAUUUCAGAAAAGUAUGAAAUGGUGUUGGAAACAUUGAGAGGCUUGUAAGGAAUUCAAAAUAUUGCUGAGAAAUAUUAUGAAAUAAUUGUUUUACUACAUACAUAAUAACAAAGACUAAAUAGGACCAUCAAAUUUGA